AUGGCCAAUGUCGCAACUCUCAUCUCGCAGUCUGGUAUCGGAGCGGGCACGAGUAGCAAUCUAUGUCAGAUGCAAGCUUUCUUGAUUCAGUGGUUUAUGCCCGCCGACGCCCUAUGGACUUUCGCCAUGGCGUUCAACGUCUAUCUCACCUUCUUUCGGAAAUAUAACUCAGAGCAACUGCGACGCCUGGAGUGGAAGUACAUUGUAUUAUGUUAUGGCCUACCAUUCAUACCUGCAUUUACAUAUUUCUUUAUAAGGAGUCCAUCUCGAGGCAAGAUUUAUGGCUCAGCUAUACUCUGGUGCUGGGUGGCCCCGUCAUGGGACAUCCUACGUAUUGCGCUCUUCUACGGCCCGGUGUGGUUCGUCAUUUUCGUGACCUUAGCAAUAUAUGCGCGAAUAGGUAAACUUGUUUGGCGACGGAGACGACAGCUCAAGGAAGCAGGGGGCCUCGAUACAACGAUUGACGUGUCUAUCCCGGAUGAUCCACCUUUUUCUAAGAUUACAGAAAUUCGGAUUACAAGGGAAGACGCAGCCCCCUUCCACUUGGAGGAGGCUGGUCCCUCCAUAGGGCACAACUCUAGCUUUGCUUAUAUUCAGUCGUCACAUCGGCCCUACUCAGUGAAUGUCCAGGCAGGAAUCGCUCUGCCCGCCGAGGUUCAACUCGAGACGAUACGCAGUGACAUCUCUCCCGACAGCCGUCCUCCAGAUGAUGAGCCCUAUCACCAUUCGAGAACUGCAUCUGAGGUAAACGCCGCAACUUGGGCGUAUACUAAGUAUGCCAUGCUGUUCUUUGUGGCGUUGCUCGUUACCUGGGUGCCCUCGACAGUCAAUCGCGUCUACGCAUUCGCUUACCCCGACGUAUCCAAUUUCGGUCUGAAUUAUGCAUCGAGCUUUGUCCUUCCGCUGCAGGGCUUUUGGAAUAGCCUGAUAUAUAUGUCCAUAUCAUGGCGCUGCUUCAAGUCCGCUUUUGCCAAUUUUCGUAUUAGUCCAUUUGGGCAUGCAUACUCCGGUGCUGACUUGCGACGUCCGUCGAGUGGAAAUGAAAGCACUCGCAGAUUAACGGUCUAA